AUGAAAGAGGCAGCGUAUGCUGAAGAGCUGAAGAUUCUUAAAGAUUUCAAAAACACCAAGAAUGAAUGGUAUGUGAAGGAAAUAGGGAGGAGACGCAGAAAGGCUACUCCUAAAGCUCAAAAGGGUGAGGGAUCUUCUUCACAACCAAAGAAGAAGCAAAAGAAAGCUGCAAAGACAUCUUUGAUUGAUGAACCUGAAGAAGAUGAACAGGUGGUAGCUGCGGAAGAAGAUCCGUUUAAUGUUGAUGCACAUAUGUUGUUUGAUUCUGAUGUCUUAGAGACAGGGCCAACCGUGGUUGCUGAAGUUGAUCAAGUUGUUAAUGUCGAAGCAAAGAAAGGGAAAGAAAAGGUUAUUGAUGACAUUGAGGGAGAUGAUGUGGAUAAAGAUACUACAAGCUCCUCGAGUUCUUCAGAAGAGGAAGUUGAUGAAACAGAACGUUUACGAAGAAUUCAUGAAGCAACCGAGAAAGAGAAGUUAUUGAGGAAGAGAAAGAGACAGGAAAAGGACGAUGAUGAUGCUUAUGUUCCUUCUCCAGAACAUGUCUCAGAAUCACAAUCUCCUCCAGGUGGUAAAAAGAGAGGUGGAGCACGAAAGAAAGUCGUAUCUCCAAAGAUUCGAGAUUUUGAUUUCGCAAACACCUCACAAGUAAAGAAUGUUGAAAAGAAGGUUGAUGAAGUGAUUGCUGAGAACAAGAAGUUAGCCGCUGAAAACAAGAAAGUUGCAGAUCGUGAAAGAAUUCUUGAAAUGCGUGUAAAGAGAUUGGAGGGUGAUAACAAAGAGCUGUUUAAGAAAAUUGACAGUGAUCAAUCUGAGAUAGACAUCUUGAAGGUGAGAGUUGCUGAGCUGGAAGAAGAAAAAGCUCGACGAGAUGAGCAAAAUGAAUACUUCAAGUUGAAGAACAAAGAGCUUGAAGCAGCUAAAGCUAUCAGAGAUCAUGAGUUCUAUAUGCUAAAUAAAGUUGUUGAAAGCAUGCUCGGAACGUUUGUAGAGCAAAAGUUUGAAGAGCUGCAAGUUGAAGAGCUCAGAGCAGAACGUCAAGCUAAAAUUGAUGAACAAAUGAAAGAAAAGGGUAAAGGAGUUGAAGGAAGUUCUGCAGUGACAGAAAGAUCGAUUGUUCCUUCUAUGGUUGUUGAAAAUCCCGAGCCUAUCUCUGCUAUUUCUGGUCUUUUUGAGGAUUAUACUCCUCUUGAUGAGUUGAUUGGUGAUAGUGAUGAAGAAGAUGAAGAAGAGGAGAAUGAAGAGGAAGAUGUUAAAGAUGAGAAAGUGUAUUCUGCGAGCAGUCAUGGUUCUGACGAUGAUGCUCAGGGUGGUACAGGAUUGAAAGUUACUGAGGUUUCUACUGAAAAGAAUGUUGAUGAUUUGAUGAAUGAAUCAGUGAACGAAGAAUCAGGGGAAGCUGAUAGGCAGGGGGAGUCAGGUGAUGCACAGAAUGUUCAACAAGCUGAAAAGUUGAUUCUGAGGUUGGAUACUUAUCAUGAAGAAGGAGAGCAUUUCCAUACUUACACGUUGGAAGCAAUUAAGGAAAUGACUCGCAUGGUGAACCCUGACUUUAAGUUCGAUUUCGAAGAAGAAUUGAAUGCUGACUUUGAAGAAGAGUUGAAUGCCUUCGAUAUUAAUCAACAGCCUGAAUACGAGUAUAGAUAUGUUGAAGAGGCUGAUUUGUAG